AUGCACUGCCACGCGGAACUCAGGCUCAGCUCGCCGGGCCAGCUCAAAGCAGCCAGGCGGCGCUACAAGACUUUCAUGAUCGACGAGAUCCUCUCCAAGGAGACCUGCGACUACUUUGAGAAACUUUCCCUCUACUCCGUGUGCCCAUCGCUGAUCGUGCGACCCAAGCCCCUGCAUUCCUGUACGGGCUCCCCUUCCCUGCGGGCAUAUCCUCUCCUCUCCGUGAUCACCCGACAACCCACAGUCAUCUCCCACCUGGUCCCUACUGGCCCAGGAAUCACCCCAGCAUUGUCCCGCCAUGCUGCCACUGAGGCCGCCUCUGCUGAAACCCCCAGUGGUGAGGUUUUAGCCAGCAGCGAGUCAGAGACAGAGCAGCCCACACCCCGGCAGAAGAAGCCUCGCCGGAGUCGCACCAUCUUCACUGAGUUGCAGCUUCUGGGCCUGGAGAAGAAGUUCCAGAAGCAGAAGUACCUGUCCACCCCAGACAGGUUGGACUUGGCCCAGUCCCUGGGACUCACUCAGCUACAGGUGAAGACUUGGUAUCAGAAUCGCAGAAUGAAAUGGAAGAAAAUGGUCCUUAAAGGUGGACAAGAAGCACCCACAAAGCCUAAGGGCCGUCCCAAGAAGAACUCCAUCCCCACGUCUGAGGAGAUUGAAGCUGAAGAGAAGUUGAACAGCCAGACCCAGAGCCAGGAGUCCCUGGAGCCCUUGCAGGAACAGGAGGAGCCCUAUACUGGCCAGGAACCCAAAGCCUGUGAUGUCCCCUUGGAAGUGGCAAACCCGCCAGGCCAACCCCAGCAGUUGCCAGAAGCUUGUUCUGAACCCCCACCAUUAAGCUAAAAUAAAGUCCAUUGGGGGAAUGGGGAGACUGGGAAGAAGCUAAAAGAAGGAAGGCAGGGAGACUCGAGAGAAAACCUCUAACAGUCUGGUAAAGUGGGGUAAAGGAGAUCCACCCAUCUCCCUCCUCCCCAGUGGCGUUUUCAUUUGAUGAGGACUUGCUUGCCUUCUUAGAAGGCUGUGUUAGCCACAGAUGCCCUUGAGUAGGUGUGACAGCACCUUGAAGCUGCAUGUCCCAGCUGGCGUGAUGGCUGUGGGGCUGGAUACAGCAGUCUGCCCACGUGGCAAGCUGAACCGCCCAGCAGUGGUGGGCAGCUCUCCUCCCUCCCUGACACCCUUUGGGCAGUCAGUCAGAAAAAAAAAUAAUAAAGCAGAGGAAGGUGGAGGCACUUGGGUGGUCUGCCCAGGCUCCUUGCUGACUCAGCACUUAAUUCUGUAGUUUUAAAAGAGAAUUUAA